AUGGCAUCAACUAGUUUAGUACAAGCUGACCGAGACUACAGCAUGGCAUCAACUAGUUUAGUACAAGCUGACCGAGACUACAGUGAAGACUACGUAUACAGUGAAGGGAAUCCCAUUCAAGGUACAUUUUCAUCAAACAGUGAAGGGAAUCCCAUUCAAGGUGUUCCAAUGAACUUGGACCAGUAUGCUAUAGAAGGUCUCAGAUUUGACAUUGAGGACCCAGUGCGAAAUUGCUACAUUCCAGUGAGGCAAAGAUUACAAGACAUGCUUUACAAAGUCUUGGCGUUCUUAGUGCCUCACAUUAAACACAUUGGGGAGAAAAAAACAAAGCAUUGUCAGGCAGUUCAGCUUGUGAAUUUGGCGUGCCAGCAAAUUAGUACUCUAAGUGACUACGAGGCUUAUGAAUCAAUUGUGAAAGGCCCAUUGCUUUCCGCAGAAAAAUUUGGAGUGAAAGAGGUGGUGGAACAAAUAUUGCAUGGUUUUCCGGAUGCAAUUUUGUUUCGUGAUGAAGAAGAUCAUUCUGUAUUGGAAUUGGCAAUUUUACAUCGUCAGGAAAAAGUUUUCAACUUCAUAUAUCAUAUGGAUUCAUGUAAAAAUCUCAUGUCCACCCGCUUGGACAAGGGAGGUAACAGUAUACUGCACUUGGCGGGGACACUGGCGCCUCAAAGCAAACUAAAACUAAUUCCUGGUGCAGUACUUCAAAUGCAACGUGAGAUGCAAUGGUUUCAGGAAGUCGAGAAAUUUCUGCCACCCAAAUUUAGACUGAAGGAAAACAAAAAUGGAGAAACUCCUGCAGCGCGAUUUACUGCACAACAUGAGAACCUAGUACGUGAAGGAGAGGAUUGGAUGAAAGGUGUAGCAAAUUCAUGCACAAUUGUGGCAUCCUUGAUCGCCACUAUAGCGUUUGCAGCUGCAAUCACCGUUCUCGGCAGCAAUCACAGCAGUACUGGCCUCCCGAUUUUCUCUAAUGAAAGUGCAUUCAUCGUCUUUGCCUUUUCAAAUGCAUUAUCUUUAUUCACAGCCGCCACUUCUCUAUUGAUGUUCUUGUCCAUCUUUACUUCACAAUAUGGGGAAAGCGAUUUUCUUUAUGUUCUUCCCAAGAGGCUUAUAAUUGGUCAUGUCACCUUAUUUCUCUCCAUAACAACCAUGAUGAUAGCCUUUACUACUGUCCUCUGUCUUGUGGUCGGCAAACACAAGGAAAAGAUACUAAUUCCUGCAGCAGCAGUAGCUAGUGUUCCAAUCUAUAUUUUCACAUCCUUGCAGUUCCCUCUCCUCUUGGAUCUAAUCUAUUCAACGUACGGUAGCAUUUUUCGCAAGAAAAAUGAUCACCCCAUUUUCUUGCGAAAAAUGGGGCUCCUUGUCCAUCGGAUAUGGUCACAAUUGUUUGGUCGAGGGCAUUGA